AUGUGCCACAGCGGCCUUCAGCACCUAGAAGAUGCUUCCAGAGCCUUUUUCCAGGGUCCUAGCCAAGGCACCAGGCAACACCUGGGCCACAGUCCAGACAGCCGACAGGGAGAGACGCAGGCUCGCGACUACGAGCAAUCCCAGGAUGCAUCGCGCCGCCUGGACGCCAUUUUUGUAGUUCUCAGAUACAAUUUCAGAAGUCUUAGCUCCGAAGCCUUGUUUGUAGUUCUCAGGCAGGGGGUGGGGGGUUUCUGGCGUGAAGCAUCUUGGGAUCGUUGGGACUUACGUGACCAGCAAGAGCUCCGAAGUGAGAAACAAAGGGUGUCCUGUGCCCUCCAUAAAACACUGUUGAACAAAUUUGAAAUGGGAUCUAAAGCAUACAGAAACAUGGACCGGCUUUUUUCAUGCCAGACCCAUGAGACUGGGUAUUUGUGGGCACUUCUUGCACAAACAGCCAAUGUGAAGUACAAUGAUGUGCAUGUGAACUUCACUCAAGAAGAGUGGGCUUUGCUGGAUCCUUCCCAAAGGAAUCUCUACAAAGAUGUGAUGCUAGAGACCUACAGGAACCUCACUGCAAUAGGCUACAAUUGGGAAAGUCAUAAUAUAGAAGAGCAUUGUCAAAAUUCUAGAAGACAUACAAGAACUCACACUGGAGAGAAACCUUAUGAAUAUAUCCAAUGUGGUAAAGCCUUUGCAUAUAACAGUAAACUUUUAGUACAUAAACGAACUCACACUGGAGAAAAACCUUAUGAAUGUAAUCAAUGUGGGAAAGCCUUUGCAUGGAACAGUGAUCUCCAAAAACAUAAAAGAACUCACAGUGGAGAGAAACCUUAUGAAUGUGACCAAUGUGCUAUAGCCUUUGCAGAUAACAGUAGUCUCCAAAGACAUAAAAGAACUCACACUGGAGAGAAACCUUAUGAAUGUAACCAAUGUGGUAAAGCCUUUGCAUCUAACAGUAAUCUACGAGUACAUAAAAGAAUUCACACUGGAGAGAAACCUUAUGAAUGUAACCAAUGUGGUAAAGCCUUUGCACAGAACAGGAAUCUCCUAGUACAUAAAAGAACUCACACUGGAGAAAAACUUCAUGAAUGUAACCGAUGUGGUAAAGCCUCUGCAUCUAACAGUGAUAUCCUAAGACAUAAAGGAACUCACACUGGAGAAAAACCUUAUGAAUGUAAUCAAUGUGGGAAAGCCUUUGUACGUAACAGUCAUCUCCUAAUACAUAAAUUAACUCACACUGGAGAGAAACUUUAUGAAUAUAUCCAAUGUGGUAAAGCCUUUGCAUAUAACAGUAAACUUUUAGUACAUAAACGAACUCACACUGGAGAAAAACCUUAUGAAUGUAAUCAAUGUGGGAAAGCCUUUGCAGAUAACAGUAGUCUCCAAAGACAUAAAAGAACUCACACAGGAGAGAAACCUUAUGAAUGUAACCAAUGUGGUAAAGCCUUUGCAUCUAACAGUAAUCUACGAGUACAUAAAAGAAUUCACACCGGAGAGAAACCUUAUGAAUGUAACCAAUGUGGUAAAGCCUUUGCACAGAACAGGAAUCUCCUAGUACAUAAAAGAAUUCACACCGGAGAGAAACCUUAUGAAUGUAACCAGUGUUGUAAAGCCUUUGCACAGAACAGUAAUCUCCUAGUACAUAAAAGAACUCACACUGGAGAAAAACCUCAUGAAUGUAACCAAUGUGGUAAAACCUUUUCACAGAACAGUCAAUUCCUAAUACAUAAAAGAACAAACACUGGAGAGAAACCUUAUGAAUGUAACCAAUGUGGUAAAACCUUCGUAGAUAAGUGUUCUCUGAAGACAUAA